CACCAGGCACAAAAACCACCGGCACGCAUCACCACAUCCACUCUUGCGCAUUCACGCUGCUGCACCCCUCGUAGACGCCCGGUCCGUUCCAAGCCUUGACUGUGCCCAGCACCGCAACAGCGCCAGGUCUGGCCCACAACCACACCGCCGCCACCACCACCACAACAAUCUGAUCCCAUUCUCCCACUCAACACCACCAACAAGCACCCGCGACUCGAGCCUCCAGUCCCCCCUCGACGCCUGAGCGUGCGCUCCCCUCCCUCGCCAUGGUCUACGUCCGCGAGAAAUAUCUCCCCAACCUCAAACUCUACAAGUACUCGAGCGUCGACCGCUCCCUGACGUCAAAGUACAUCCUCAAGCCGUUCUACACACAUGUCGUCAUCAAGUGCUUCCCCAUGUGGAUGGCCCCCAACGCCAUCACUCUCUCCGGCUUCUCCUUCGUAGUCGCCAACCUCCUCACACUCCUCUGGUACAACCCGACCCUCGAUCAGGAUUGCCCACCCUGGGUCUACUACAGCUGGGCAGUUGGCCUCUUUCUCUACCAGACCUUCGACGCCGUCGACGGCACGCAGGCUCGCCGCACCAAGCAGAGCGGGCCGCUGGGAGAACUCUUUGAUCAUGGUGUCGAUGCACUCAACACCUCCCUCGAGUGCCUCAUCUUCGCCGCAUCUCAAAAUAUGGGACAGAGCUGGUACACAGUCGCUACCGUGUUCGCUUCCCUCAUGACAUUCUACGUGCAGACAUGGGACGAGUACCAUACAAAGACGCUCACGCUUGGCAUUGUCAACGGACCCGUCGAGGGUAUCCUCAUCCUGGUCUUUGUCUAUGCUUUCACUGGCUUCAUGGGUGGCGCCUCCUUCUGGCAGCAAUCCAUGCUUGGCUGGCUCGGAGUGCCCAAGUCGAUCGGCAUUCCCGACUUCAUCUACGACCUGUCUUUCACUCAAUGGUACAUGGUGCAGGGCACUCUGGUGCUUGUGCUCAACACGAUGGAGAGUGCCAAGAACGUCAUCGAAGCUCGCCGUGCUCGCGGCGACCGCAGCCGAGGUGCCCUUCUUGGUCUUGGCCCAUUCUUCGCAACUUGGGUCUGGAUCGUCGCCUAUCUCUGGCUCCAGCCUAUCAUCCGCACUCAGCAUCUGAUCCCUUUUGUCUUCUUCGCAGGCAUCGUCAAUGCUUAUAGUGUCGGUCAGAUUAUCACGGCCCACCUUGUCAAGCUCGAUUUCCCCUAUUGGAAUGUGCUCGUCAUCCCCUUGGCUCUGGGUGUCCUCGACUCGAUAGGACCUGUUUUGCAGGCCAACAUUGGUUGGGCAUCUGGCUGGCCGAGUGCUCUCGGCGACGGCGUGUACCAGGUCGCCUUCAUGUUCUGCCUCCUCGGUAUGGCUAUUGGUGUCUACGGCUCAUUUGUAGUCGACGUCAUUGUUACAAUCUGUGACUAUCUUGACAUCUGGUGCCUCACUAUCAAGCACCCUCAUGUCGAGGAAACCGAGGAGACUGAUGGCAAGAAGGUUAACUAAGAUCGUCUUCUGUCGCGGGAUCUAAACAAAUCAGCUUCACCACGUGAGAACCUGACCUCGAAAUCUGACAUUGGCGGAUCCUGAGGAAAGGUCUGGAGUUGUGGUUUGAAGGGGGUGUUGAUGGCUAUGAGUAGGCAUAGGACACUGGUUGUCUGGCUCAGUAUGCCUGUUGGGGAGCCGGGGUCAUGAGGAGAUUGGGGUUUGGCGGACCCUCCAGUGGAUGCGGUGUGGUCCUUCCGCAAACAGAGAGGAUUGCGAUUAUGAUGCGUUACGUACUUGAUGAGACAUGACAAGGUAUGGGAUCAGUGGCCAGGUUCGGCGGUAUAUAGAUCUCGGGUUUUUAUGUUUUGCGCAAGUACAAGCAGGCUUGGACCCGCAUGGGUUAAUAGUUCGGGAUAUCAAUGGCUCUGACUGCUACCUCGGUAGCUUGCAGACGGGAUGGUUCAACCAAACUCAAAUAAACUCACUUGGGCGCGAUGCCUAAAUUUCCGUUCGCAAAC